UACCCAAUCCCCUAUGGUAGCACCGUCCAUGAGAGCCAACAUCCGGACAGAUUCACUCUACAACGCUGUACUCGGUCUUUCUGGUCAGCCCCUCUAAAGGCAGCCCUUUCUGAGCCACCAACAACCAGCUCUGAUUCCAGUUAAUAGAAACCAACUAGUAUUAUUAGAUAAAAAUGCCAAAAGUAAAGACAAGCCGAGUUAAAUACCCAGAAGGCUGGGAAUUAAUUGAGCCUACACUUCGUGAACUUCAAGGAAAGAUGAGGGAAGCUGAGAAUGACCCACAUGAUGGCAAAAGAAAAUGUGAGACUCUGUGGCCUAUAUUUAAAAUUGCACACCAGAAGAGCCGCUAUGUAUUUGAACUCUACCAUAAGAGAAAGGAAAUUUCUAAAGAAUUGUAUGAAUUCUGUUUAGAUCAAGGAUAUGCUGAUCGCAAUCUCAUUGCAAAAUGGAAGAAGCCUGGUUAUGAACGCCUAUGCUGCUUGAGGUGCAUACAGCCACGCGAUCACAAUUUCGCCACCACUUGUGUAUGCAGAGUGCCCAAGGAGCUCAGGGAGGAGAAGGUUAUAGAGUGUGUUCAUUGUGGUUGCAAGGGUUGUGCAAGUGGGGAUUGAUUGGACCUCAAUUAUAUUAAUCUGGAGGAUUUGUUGGAAUCAUUUUGUUCUUGUUUUCUGAAACCCUCUACGUUGUAUCACAACCGUUUACUAACUUCACAAGAGCUAUGCAUUGGGAAUAUCUUUAGUUAAUUAUCAUAUCAUCCGCAUAGUUCAAAACUUGACUUGAGUUUUGUAACAUUUGGAGUAGAAUAAUUGAACAACUUGUAAUACUCUUACGCCCCAUGUGUAUUAUUAUUAAUUAAUUGUUAGACUUCUUCUACCUUUGCUCAA